AUGUCGACACCCAGACCACGCGCUGGUCAUUUCAGCAUUCUGUACUUCGCCUCUGCCGCAUCCUUCACCAACAAGUCGUCGGAUGACUUGGCAGCUCCUAUGAAGCUCUCGACACUAUUUGACCACCUCGAAGACAUGUACCCUGCAAUCAAACCAAAGAUUCUGCACAGCUGUGCUCUCACUGUGAAUCUGGAAUACGUAGAUGUCCACGCAGAUGCUGACGUGCUCAUCAACGAGGGAGAUGAGGUUGCCAUCAUUCCGCCCGUGAGCUCUGGAUGA